AAAACUUUAUAUCUCAUUAAAGUUCAAUCACCUGCAUUCUGCCAUUGAAUUGAUUUUAAGAGGUUGGUUUGCCUUUCCACAUUAUCAGAGGUUUUGCCCAUAAAUUUCAGUCCCCAAACUUCAUUAUAUUAUGUAAAUGUGAGUACCCAAAUGAAGAUUCACCAGCAAACUCCAAUGUUUCUUCUCGUUCUUCUUCUCCAGCUUCUUGUGAGAACCAUAUCACGCCAAAAUAUUGCUUCACAUAACUCUUCACAGUCUCUUCCUCAGCCGGUCUCAGAAGCACUUCUUUGCAGUGGAAACCAUGACUUCUUUUACCUUGUUCAACAGUGGCAGGUUUCUUUAUGCAAUGUGAAGCCUUGUCAAAAACCAGCAAGACCCAUUUUCAGCAUUUAUGGCUUCUGGCCUUCUUCUUCUUCUGGGACUCCCAACUGCAAAAUUGGAACAACUUUUGAUCCUUCAAAGAUUUUGGACCUGAAAGAGGAGUUGGAUAGAGAAUGGCCAUCUCUUGAGGAGGAGGAGAACGAAAAAGAGUGGAAGAAAGAGUGGGAAAGGCAUGGAAUUUGUUCUGAACCACUGCUCACUGAGCAUGCAUUCUUUGAAACUGCCCUCAAGCUUAAACAAACCUAUGAUCUCUUCAAUAUGCUUGCAAACAAAGCAAUAUUUCCAUUUGGAGAAGUGUAUGGCUUAGAAAACAUAAGCGAUGCCAUCAAAGCUGCGACUGGCCACACUCCACAAGUGGAAUGCGAGUCAUACAAACACAUCCCUCUGCUCUCCAACAUCUUCCUUUGUUUCCAAUACACUGCAACUUCCAUUGAUAUUAUUGACUGCCCCCUCAUAACAAGAUGCAACUUUCAAGCAAUCUUGUUCCCUUAUGAUCUGUUUGGACCUUCUUAGAACUUUAAACCCACUCUGUAAUGGCAGCAAAAACAACCCCCCAAUUUUGUUUUCUCCCCUUGUGAACUUUGUUGUUGUUGUU